AUGGCUACGCAACGACAAGACCUCCUGAAGCGACAACUCGCCGUACACGAAGAAGCUGCUCUACAAAUCCGGAGAGAGCUCAAUAGCUUUGCUUAUAUCUCACGUCUCCCAACGGAAAUACUCUCAAUAAUAUUCCAGUACUGUCCUUGCUUCGACCCAGUUCAGCAUAGCCAGGCUAUCUCCCGUGCCUGGACCGUCGUUUUGCAUGUCUGCCAAAGGUGGCGGCAGACUGCGAUUCACACAUCCUCUCUAUGGACUACACUUGCUCUUCCCGCUCCCCUGGGCUUUGUUGACGCAGCCCUCGAACGCUCGAAAGGGCUCUUGUUACACGUUUCAGUCCACCAAUGGGGUGCUUAUUUGUCGAAUUCACCUCAGUCCCAGAAGAUCUUCUCCCAGAUGCCGAGGAUUUGUUCUUUGGAA